CGAAUACAAAAGACCCCCAGCAGACGCGUAAAGACGAAGUUACAUAUGGUGAUCAAAAUACCGCUAAAUUCCACUUGAAAAGCCAAAAUUGGUCAUUUUCAAGUCAAACAACAAUUCAGCGAGUUAUUUUGAGAUUCCAUUUUAUUUCUGAAGCUUUCCAGUCCCAAAACAUUGGUCACCGUCGCUCCCGCAAGGCAAAACAAUGGACGACAACGUUGGCGUUCCGAGGACGAGCGAAGGAUUAUCGGUAGUGUCUUCGUUAUCUGAAGUCAGCGAGCAGAUCGCCAUCGCCGAGCACAUCCCGACUGAACACGAAACGGCUGCAACUGCUGUCUUCCACACAGGGGAAGAAGCUUCGAGUGGGAAUGUUGGUGGCCAUCCGCAAUGCGAAGUGCAAGUUGUGAAGGUCUCGAAUGGAAAUGUCAGCAUCAGUUUCGCUACCCCCGCUGCAGCAGCGUCACACAUUGCAGCUUCACAGUCCACACUGCAACCAAUCCAGGAAGUCAUUGCAGACAGCCCUUCUCAUUCAACGAGGUCUUCCAGUCCGAAUUUGCAAGAUUCACAAGCCGUUACGACGAUUCAACAAGCCGAGCAAGAUGAAAUGUCUGGCGCAAACCAACAAGAUGAAAGCUCCCCUUUAUCUCGAGGUACCCCAAAAUCGCCGUGGGAAGGAGCGUUGAACGCAGAGGUGCUUAUUGUGCGCUGUCGAAACGAAACAGCUGAGUUGUAUAAAAAUAAACUGGGAUCUGGAGGCCGUGGAAAAUGUAUAAAGGUAAGAAUUUGUUCAAACUCAACACUGUUUUACUUAGCCCUUAUUAAUUAAGCUUAUCUUAUAGUUAAGGCUGCGUGCAUGACCUGUUUGUGUCGCGUUGUAGGUGGCUUGUUCGAGUUUCGCAUUGUCAAGUUUGUGCUUCAAAACCUCUUUGCUUAAUGCCAAAUUACCACCCUAUAGGCUUAGUUAACUUGCAAAAUUUUUAUAAGGAGAUCGCUUGUUGCUUAUUUGACCAAAAUUGCAAUUUUUAUUACGCUUAAUAACUAAUUAUCUAGUAGGAAUUCCUAACUCGUAAGACGGAAUAUCAUUGAUGAAAAUAUAUAUGAAAUAUUGUCAUAGGAACUUUUAACGAGAUUAAACGAUAUAUUGACACCUUGUUCGGAAUUUUUAGCUUUCUUUAGUGACAUACUUGAUGACUGUUCCGACAGAGCGUUAAUUUUAUUAGCAUUUAUAUUAGUAUCAAUAACGAAGCGUUGGCUUGGGUUUUGCCAUUAUGUAAAUUAAAGAUGUAUUUCACUAUGUCUUUUGUAUGGCUGCACAUAAUUAUAUUCCAUUUAAGAAGGAAGUGUUGAAACUACUGAAGAUGCACCACAAGAUUCCUGUAAAGGCCUCCAUUAAUGUUUAACAACACAGUUACUCCGAUUCCCGUAGCUUUUGUAUACAGUUAAGCUGGCUACCCCGAUCAGGAGAGGGUGGGGGGUGAAUAAGUAAGACUCAGGUACAUGUUGUGUUUCAGUUUAUCCUUUUUUCAUACUCUUGGUCUUUCAUUUACACACUGAAAAAAAUCGUGUGGCACGAAAUUUUUGUGGGAGUUUAUUUUUGCAGAUUUGCGAUUUUUUGCGUUUUGCGGGCACUGAUUUUUGCGAUUAGCAGUUUUCCAGAUAAGAGAUGGGUCUCGGGUCAAUGACCCAACAAAGAAGGCUUCCUGGCCUGAAAGGUGACAAAUAAGUGUUAAGUUAAAUAUAAUAAAAAGAAUUCACACGUGGUCUUGGUGUCCUCUCAGAUGGUCUACAUGAUCCCCCACUUGAAAGAAUUAAAACGCUGGAACGCUGGAUUAGGACAGAUUGGUUUUCCUGCUGGGAAUCAACUUUUGUGAUUUUCAGAAAGUAGCCAGUACCCAGCAUUGGUAAUAUUUUAGUUUUUAUUGAGUACAUGCGAUAGAAAUUACUUUUUUCAAACAAUAUUACGGUGUGUGUACCCUACAGCUGUAUGUGAAACCAGUAUUUCAUUAUAUACCGCUUUGUUUCUGAACAAAAGGGACAUGUUGUAAUUGAACAUACACAAUUUCUUAGGACUGUAUUUUUGUGUAGCAAACUUAAGUUAGAGAAUAUUUUCUCUGGAGUAAAUUUUUGUGGGAAAAAUGUUCGUGGUAAUUUUUAGUUGCGGGAACUUAUUGUUAAUUAGCGGAUGGCUGGAAAAAUUGCAAAAAUUAGAACCCGCAAGAAUUUCAUGUCACACGGUAGAUAGAGUUUGAACCAAGGAUAAAAUUGAUCAGAAGAGUAGCAUCGGAAUGUGCUAUUUAUUUGUCACACAUUCCCUUUGAUAUAACAUGUACAUGUACCUGUACUUUCUAAAAAAACAUAUAUAGCCAAACAUUUAUUUAGUGUCACCCUUGGGAAAGAGAGCAUUUUCACAUGACGUCAUGGUGGCCAUAUUGGUGUUCCAAAACAAUGAAACGGCAGCCAUGUUGGUGUACUCAGAAAAUCCUCUGGGAGUUGAACUCUUUUCUCAUGUAAAUGCUUUCUUUGGUUCCAAUAAAUUAGCAUAGAUGCUGGCCACAUGAGUGAAAAUGCUCUAUAACUAACAAGACUUCUGAGUACAGGUUGACCAUUUAAUAAAGCUUUGAAAGUCUAAGAGUUGAUUAAGAAAAUGAAAGUGGGAACUAAGCCAAGUAAUAUCCCUCACACAACAAAUUGAACUCAGAGUGUUUCUAACUCUUCUUGUGUCAAAAGAAAAGAUGCAGAAGAUCAGAGCACUACAAAAAAUCACAUUCAGUAUUUAUACUGUACUAGCAUGGUACAAGUUGACAAAGUGACCAUUUAACAGAGGUGAUAACAUUAUAAAAUAACUCGUUGAGCUUUUGGAAAAGGUAAUGGUGACAGCUUAUUAGUGACUGCUUAAUACAGCUGGUCAGUUUUACAUAAUCAAGGGAUUGUCCAAGAUACUAGGCUAGGGAAUCUCUUCUCUCGGACCCUUGGGGAGUUGGGGCUACCAGAUGGCUGACAGUUCAGACUGUUUUAUUUUCAGGUCUAUGGAAAAAAUCACAUCAGUGCCGGAAAAUUUAUUGUGACUUAUUAUUACUUCUGUUUUAAUACAUCUCAAACACCCUUAUUAAUCUAUUAUUAUCCUUUAUUAUAUGCUACUUCCUGUACAGUAUCAAGAUCAGUGGAUGACACCCUCAGAAUUUGAAGCUCGAUGUGGGAGGGCAUCAUCUAAAGAUUGGAAGAGGAGCAUCCGUUAUGGUGGACGUACCCUGCAAUCAUUGAUUGAAGAUGGGGUCCUUGUUCCUCAUGCAAUUUCCUGUACAUGUGCAACAUGCUGUGAUGACGAUACUCUGGUAAGUUCUCCUUUAAAUAAUUGAGUUACCUUUAGUUGUUGCAAAUUGUGUUGACUGAUGUUAGGUCUUUUCAAUGCUAGUGAAAUAAAAAGUCUGACAAUGCUGGGCUUAGAACAUCCACUUUGACAUUCUCUUUUACCUCAAAUUUUUUAGUGUCCAAUGAAUUAUUGUUUUUUGCCAUGAAAGGUGUUUUUAUAUUUUUUACUUUCAUUGUAGUCAAAAUCUUCAUGAUUCAAGGCUGUUCUUUAAGAAAAAGUUGAAGGGAGCCUAUCACUCUAAGCCUGUGAAAUCCAGGGUUCCCAGCAUAUGGUUUCUAUGAAAAAAACUAUGAUUUUCUAGUUACCCAGCAGCAAAGUUAGGUACCAGGGGCCACUGGGCGCUGAUAGAUCACAGCCUUGUGAUCAAUUGUCCCACAAACAAGCUGUAUUCAUGUAUAGGUUUACUGACAUCAAUAACGAUAAUGCCUCUGAUGUACUUCAGGCUGGACCAAUCAGAUUGUUUGUCCCUUACAAACGUCGUAAGCGAGAAUCUUCACAGUCUGGAUCCCCAGUUCUCAAGAAAAGUUUGUCUCUUAGUUCUGAAAACUCAAGACGUGAAGGUAAAGAUUCCAGGUUAAAGUUACAUAGUACUCUCAACAAGUAAUAUCCAACAUUCUAGUGUGUUGUUAUUUUAAGAAAAGCCACAGAAUUACUUACAGGCAAAAUGGAACUAAAAAUGUCCUCUGCAUGUAGGACAUAGACAUGUACAUUUGUACAACUGUUUUCUUUUAUAAAAAUGAACACUUUGAUUCAGUAUGCAUGACUUGGUGAGAGUGCGAUGUUGAGUUUUUAACUCAAAAUUUAAGGCCACUUUAAUUGAAAUGUAUAGCGCCGUUGCCCUGCAAGUUAUUUCCUUGUAUGUGUAACAAAGUAUCUCAAGUUUAGCUUAUGUCAUGUCUUCUUCAUGACAGAUCAUGAUUAAGAACAUGUACACAUACAGUAGUUAGUGUUACAUACAUACAGUAAUACAGUAUGUAAUCUCAAAGAUGUAAAUUUAUAGCUUAAAACAGGCAUGGUGUCCAUCAGGUGAGAGUGAGACUAUUUAAUGAUAAAACAUAUUUUGCUUGUGUAUUUUGCAUGUGGACUAAUUCUUAUCUUUCUUGUCUUGCUGUUUUAGCUCAUGGUUUUAUGAUGCGUUCUGUAAGGUAUUAUAGCAUUUUAUUAAUCUCGCACCCAGAUCUCUUGCUGACGUAGCCGAAGGGGAGAUCUGGUCAAGUAGGAAAAUUCCAUUUUUCUGAUCGGCUAGAUUGUGAUCUGCUUGAAAGUGCUAUGGUGUGUGAAAUUUAUUCUUUGCAAAGUCUUCAGUUUUGUUCAAAAAAUAUUUUUGUUGAAAAAGUAGUCAAUUUCCAACUCAAUAUCGCUUGUAAAACAGUCUUUUUAUCUUACGUUAAAAAAUGUUUUGAAAUUUCUUCUUGGCUGAGCGUAUAACCAAGUUUUGUCAGAGGAAACUCACAGCUCUAUUAAAGUUGUCAUUUAACACAGUCACCAUUUCAAGGAUUUAUUUCAAGGAUUUAUUUCAAGCAUGCGCUGUUUUAGUGUGUGUCUGUCACAUUCCUGACAGGGGAUCAGUUGGAUAAAUCGGGUGUUCAGAUCAUUCCUUUGGCUUCUUUGACAAGAGAUUUGGGUACGAGAUUUGUGUCUCAUGUAAACUAAAAUAUUUGGUAAACUUAGUUAGUGAUAGUGCAUUUUUUCUUGCGUUGUGACAACAAAUUUAUUUUUUGUUUAUAAAAAUAAUGAAAAUCUCAACUUCAAGUUCAUGAUUAUGACAAACUAAAAAAAAAAACAGAAUAGGACUGAAUUUACUUGUGCUUCUGGAGAAAAUUCAGUCCCAUCCACAAGUGAGUGCACAAAAAUUGUGUUUUGGCUUUUCAUUCCCAGAUAUAUUAUUAUGAAAGCACUAACCCAACUCACAACUUUUAUGACAAUGCUUUCCAGGUAGAUGUAAACAGAACUUUUUAAAAAAGUUUGCUAUAUCUGACCUUGCAAAUCUCAAGAAUGUUUCACUUCCUCUGUGUCUUUUUUUAAGGGAUCGCAGGAUGCUGAGAAAUGUUCAAAUCUACAUGUACAUGUAUAUUAUGCAUGCGACAAAUUAAGUUGUAGUUAAUUGCCCUAAUUCACUUGGAUUUGCAUCCAUAACAAUUUUAGAGGAAAGAAAACUUGGCUUAGAUAAAAACAGUCCUAAAAUAAUGUACCGUAAACAUGAUUCUAAUCUCUCUAUUAUCCUGCAGUUGGAAUUGCUUAUUUAUUUCCUUUAUUUGUCCUCAGUGUUGAUUCAGCCUCUGGAGCUUUUGCAUCUAAUGAUGAAGGAGCAGUCAUGGACACUGGAGGUGUGUAAUAAUUAUUGUUUUUGUUUUUUGUUUUUAUAAAUUAAAACAUCAGCAUCCCAGCAUGAUUCUUGUAAACUUAAUAAAGCCCUGUUAUGCUAGGCAAUUUUCUUGCAUCUUGCCUCACAAUGUUGUUGUGUUACAAUUGCAAAAAAAAAAAAGGUUUUUGGUGUUAUAUCACCUGAUAGGAAUAUGACUGUUUUACAGCACAGAAGCAUAGGCGAAGACAGGAUAUUUUGGUAGCCUUAAGAAAUUGAUGAUUUAAUAAUAAUCUGUAAAGUCCUGAGUCCAAAUUAACUCAAAACAAAUAAAAAUCAUAUUAUUAUGUGCUUAAAGAUCAUUCAAAAAUGUUUGCCUAAAGCUUUUGAUCCAGAAAGUUUCCUUCAGAACACUUUAUUGGGUAAAGUACUCAUUAAAACAGUGGACAAAGCACAGAGUUUGUAUACCUGUUUCUUUCUCAGAUCUAUCAGGUGGUUUGGUGACAGUGACAAGUGCUGUUACAAGUGCAGUCCCACCACUUACCCCAGCCACACCCCUUACUCCAAUGAUGAGUCCCUGUCCCGCUACCCUAAAUCAAGCCGUGCGACCUGGUGAGGCACAGACUAUCACUGUCACAUUACCUGUCACACCCCUUGCAACAGCUGAUGGAAUUGCAGACCAAAGACGACACUGGUGGCAUAUUGAAGAGGUAAAUUCUGUCUAAUUAACAAUUAUUUUUCACGAGUGUGUGUUGGAUAUGAGAUGGUAGAUAGCCAACAAGGCGCAUAGUGCCCAGUUGGCUAUGAUCAUCUCAUAUUCCAUAAGCGUGAGUGGAAUGAUUGUUUUAUUAAAAACGACCACAAAGUAUCGAGAAUUCUUCCUGACUUUAUUUGUAAAAACAACCGAUUUUCAGCUUGUUUUUAAUUUUAAGCAGAGGCGUACAGUUACCAUAUUUGGAGAGCAUGGUAUAAUGGUCAUAUACCAUGAUGGCUAAGCCAGUCAGAGCUCUAGAAUUGCAUUAUUCAAUGACUCAGUUUUUAAUAGUCAUGAGUAACUAUACCUGGAGAUAAAUCUAGUAAAGGAUCCUCUGCGACAAUGAUACCACUGAGUAUUCUGAACAAAUUUAUGAGUGACAAAGACAGGUCAUCAUUUUGUACUAAUUUAUUGUGUAGUUAAUAUUUAUUGGACGUCACCUUUUGGAAUGGUAAUAGCCCAUGUUCGAUAUAUGAAAAUUCUAACAAGACUCCAACACUUUCUUGUCAUAUUUCUAGUUUGCUUUGAUUUUCUUUGUGCUCGAGUCUCUUUCUGGGAGUUGCGAGACAAUGGAGUUUUGAGAAAAUUAUUUGCAAUUUGUCCAUAAAGCCUUGAAGUCAUGUUAGAAUUUUAAUACCUGGAAUGUGGGCUAUUCUUUCCAUGCUGUGUACAUUUAUUAUUUUGUAGUCCUUGUUUUUUUCUUAUUUUGUCAUCCAACUUACCGGUAAAUCAUGUUUAUUUUUAAUGUUUUAUGGUCAUUUGCUUAUCAAAAUAUAUAAUUUCUUUACCACCACAUGUUCUGCUUUCAGCUUUGCGAUAAUUAUAUAAAUGGGAUGGAUGUUACAGAAAAAAGUGAUAAUGACCUAGCUGAGCUUUCAUCAGGCUCUCAAUGGUUUUAUUAGUUAUGGCAUCUGGCCAGUUUCUGAUAACUGACUGGUUUACACUUUGUCUUUAUAGAUGGUAAAUUCAUUGUUGAAUACAGCUCAGCAGUUAAAGGGUAUGAUUGAACAUGCCAAGAUUCAAGCUGAGGCGGCUAAAGAUGCUGCUGUCACGCAAGUCAAGCUGCAGGCUGAAGCUGAAAAGAAGGAGGUACAGUUGAAACCUGUGAACUGGGGUUUUGUGGGAUGAAGAGAAAGCUAGAAAGCAUGGGCAGGUGGGGAGAGGAAAAAGGGAGGGAGGGAGAGAGGCGGCAUCUUUCACCACUCUCCCCUGGAGCCUGAGAAAACAGCUGACAUUUUCCGAUCCCACCACUGGGUUCCUACUGAAAUGACGUCUGAGAAUCGAGUGUAGAAAUUUCAUACUGAUGACGAGUCACUACCCAGAUCAGGGUACUGCUUCUGAUUGGUCGUGCCGCUUGUGAAAUUUGCUUCAACCAAUCAGAAGCACUACCCAGAUCUGGGUAGUGACAGUCAUCAGUAUGGAUAUUCUGCACUCGUUUCUCAGACGUUAAAUAGCCUGGGGUGCUUACUAUUUACACAAACCAGCCGGAUAGAAAUCUUGUGUAGAAGAAUUAAACUAUAAAAUUUGAUGUCUUGGGAGAACAGAGAAUUUCACUCCGGUACGAAAUCUUGCAGCGGUAUCAUGUAAACGCGAAACGACCACCCGUUUCGGUGUGAAAUCAGUCUGCUGAUAGACUGGAAUGGGUAGCGCAUGUGUAAUGUUUGCUAUUUUGAAUCACCCAUGUAUUUUAUCAACAUGAAGUGUACCUUCAAAUAACGAGAUAUGAAAUGACCCAGUCAUCAUGUAAACGCGAUACGAAAUCAAAAAGUCAUCUUGGUAUGAAGCUCGCGCCGGUGCGAAUUUUCUCAUGUAAACACCCCCUAAAAAGAGUUGAAGUUUCCCAAACGGAAUGGGGUGAACCAUUUGAAUUGCCAUCUGAAAUUUCCAGUUUUUCCAUGUAAAUGGCAAGUACCCUGGUUACUACCUGGUACACUUAUAACCAUUGUUUCCUACAUGUAGUCAAGCCAUCAUUGUUUUGCAUUAAAACUUAAUGGAAGUGAUCAGACUCUUGGCCCUGUAGAAAGCAACCAUCUCUUUUGUUAUGAAAACAUGGUACAUCUGUACCUGUAACUGAGCAGGCGUCUUCAUGAUAACUUUUGUGUUUGAUAUUAUUGAAAAAGUUAAUCCAAUUAUACAAAAUCCAUCAACCCUUUAAGGCGAUUCCUUAGUAAAAGAACAUAACAUAGAUUGUAGAUGAAACUUGGCACACUGAUGGAACAAGUCAAGAAGAUGAUAAAAAAGUAAUAAAAAGUGGGGGUCACCGUGCUUGUUUUGACGUCACAAUGCUGACAAAUACGGCUGUUUAGGACCUUUUGAGAAAAACCGCGCGCAGCCCAAAACUAGACAAAAAGGAGACAUUUUUUGGAUGAUGCAAGCGGUACCGCACAGAAUUUGACUUUAAUGUAUUCUUUAUCCACUUAAGUACCAGAAAAAUGCCUUGUAAUGCCCUUGCUUUUACUUUACGCUCCAAAGUAGAAUUAACUUGGACACGCGGUAUUCGACCCGUGAUAGCUCAAUCCGUACAAUUUAGUAAAAUUGCCAAAAAACUGAACAUAGAUUUGGGCCAAUUUUUUUCUCAUCGAAAGGAAGCACUGUCCUUAUUAAAAUCAUGAAAUAAAAAAAUGGGGGUCACCGUACUCAUUUUUGCGGUAGAGCUGCAAAAAGUGCUCAGCAAAUGCAUUUUCUCCGAUUUUUGAGAGAGGACUGGGGCGAGUUUUAAAAUAGAAUGUACGCGAAAGGGGGAAGAAAGUAUUAAAAACUCCGUUUUUACAGAAUUUACAUCGAUAUAUCACAUUUAGAACCCAAUGUGAUAAAGAAAGCGUUUAAAUGAAAAUCAAAGUGAGUAAGCACAAGUUAAACAUCCACUAUCGAGGUUCUCCGUGAGGAAGUCGAACUCAGCAACACACGUACUGCUUACGUUAUGCACAUUCCCAACAUAUUGAGUCUCACCUCGGCAAGAAACAACCGCAAGCAAAACUUAUAAUAGCGUUUCUCUUCAGUCAACUUCAUUUUAAUAAUGUUACUUCACGUGCUCUUAUUUACGGCGGCCAUCUUGUUAUGCGCAGUAAGAGAUGCGCAGUGCAAAACCAGGGAAUCACCUUAAGCCCUAAUAUCCACGUACAAAUUCUCCAAACUGAUCUCUAUAUAUUUCUUUAAAGAAUGAGUUGAGAGAAUUUGACAAAAGAUCAAAGCAUUUUCUCUUAGGUGAUCAUUUUAUUAAUUCUCAGAACCUAAUCUCUUGAAAAUAUACGGAUAUCAUUAGGAGAAAAUUGAUGUUGGUCACUAUCGGGACUUAAAGGGUUAAUUGACCAAUCGUGGCACUGAUCAAGUAAAUAUUUCUGUACACUGUAAGCUAUGAUAAUUUUAUCUGAGGGAGAAAGCAUCGCGUUCAUGUUGCAAGUUUGACCUCUUAACCGCUUGAUUACAAGAAGGUAGUAAAGGAGAGGACGCACUAAGUUUUGCCGAAAUUCCUUUUCCAGGCCUUAGCACAAGCUCGCAUGAACUCCCUGAUGCAGUUAUCACGAGCGUUAAAUGAUGCUCGAGUGGAAAAAGAAGCUGCCAUUGCCCAGGCGGUGGCACAGACAAAAGCGGAGAAGUUAGAGGCAGCAGCUGAUGAACGUCAAGAGCAGCUUAUUAAGGUAGACAAGAAAAGUUACCUACUAACAUUGUCUACCCAUAGAAGUAUAACUGCAAACCCUUACUGCGAAGAUCAUUUCUUUGUGCAAAUCCCAAUGUUGUGGAAGCGGGAAGACCUUCAUAAGUAGUGGUCUUGCCUGUUCGUUACUGAUAUUCACUGACAGUACAGUUGCUUGGCAUAUUACCCCUGAACUAAGGCCUCUGUUUUUUUUGCAAGUCUGUACUAAAAUGAUAAAAUGUAUUGUAAAAUUGAAACCAACUACAAUAUAGCUUGCAAGUAGGCGAUUAGCCCGAUGACGUCAUUUUAUUACUACGACCAUAAUCCUUCAGGGUUUUGCCCUCUUGUGCAAAUUAGGGCUGUGGUUAUUUAAACCUCGCUGGAAUUAUAGAAAUAAUCAAAAUAUUAAAGGAAACACGAAAUGGAUUCUGGUGGUGGUAA